AUGAAGGCGUUAAUAUUGGUAGGCGGGUAUGGGACCAGGCUGAGGCCUUUGACGCUCACUCAGCCAAAGCCUCUGGUCGCCUUGGCUAACAAACCGAUGGUAAUGCAUCAGAUGGAAGCCUUGGCAAAAGCUGGAGUAGAUACCGUGGUAUUGGCCGUUAGCUAUAGGGCUGAAAUGCUGGAGAAGGAAAUGAAGUCGCAAGCGGAACGAUUAAAUAUAAAAGUAGGUGGUUUGAUUUGUUUAUUCUUGUUUUAGAUCGAAUUUUUAGAUAUUAUAGCACGGAUCGAAGUUCAAUAUAACAAUUUAGAUUGAAAUCUCAGUGGAAACAACACCAUUGGGGACAGCAGGACCUCUGGCAUUAGCCAAGAGCUAUCUAGAAGGCGAAGAUCCUUUCUUUGUGCUCAACUCCGAUGUCAUCUGUGAGUUUCCUUUUGAGGAAAUGAUGAAGUUCCACAAAUCUCAUGGAAACAAAGCCACCAUCGCUGUUACCAAGGUAGACGAACCGAGUAAAUACGGUGUGGUUGUAUUUGACGAAGCUUCUGGAGGGAUUGAGAGGUUUGUGGAGAAGCCUAAAGAAUACGUCGGAAACAAAAUCAAUGCGGGUAUGUACAUUAUUGACCCAAGCGUGCUCGAUAUGAUUCCAUGUGAACCAACUUCUAUUGAAAAAGAUGUAAGAAUUAAUAAGUUUUGAGAGUUGUUUGUUUUAGCGAGAUUUUACGGGUUGAUUUUGAGUUUAAUUGUUUUAGGUAUUUCCAAUUUUGGCAUCGGAUAAGAAUUUGUACGCAUUCGUGUUAAAGGGAUUCUGGAUGGACGUUGGACAACCGAAGGAUUUUUUAAAAGGUAGGCUUAAAAAACGGAUUAUUUGUUUUAUUAUUGUUUGUACUUUAUUUAUACACGAUCGACGUGCAUGUCUAACCUUGUUACUUUUAACAAAGGCUAAUUUUAGGUACAAAAUUGUAUCUCAACUAUCUCUUCACUUCCGAACCUUCUUCGGUGCCCUUAUAUAAUGGCGAAGGUGUAAAUGGAGCAGUUCUUGUGGAUCCUUCAGCUAAAAUUGGCGCUGGUUGUUGUAUUGGCCCUAAUGUAGUGAUAGGGCCAAAUGUGACUAUUGAAGACGGUGCACGGAUUAUCAAUUCUACAGUAUUAAGCGAUACAGUAAUCAGAGAACAUUCCUUUGUCAGCAACAGCAUAAUUGGGCGACAAUGUUCUAUUGGUAAGUAAUUUAUAUUUUUACAUAGAUUAAAACCUUAGGAUCUAUAUAUACUUUCAGUUAUAGAAAAGGGUGGUAUACUUUUAUUGGCUACCGAAAUGAUUUACAAAUUUAAAUUUCAGGACGUUGGGUGCGCAUUGAAAGUACGAGUGUAAUCGGAGAUGAUGUUGUUGUAAAAGAUGAAUUAUAUCUGAAUGGAGCACGGGUCUUGCCUCACAAAUCUAUUGCCGAAAACGUUCCAGAAUCCGAUAUUAUAAUGUAA